AUGGCCGACUGUAGCGUGCAGCAAAGCGUUUGGAGGCCUUUCGCGCUCAGGCGGACUUUCUGCCUGUCGGCGGGGGCAGUCUUCGUCGUAUCAGUGGCUCUUCUCGCGGGUCUGUCCAAGUAUGAGCCCGCCAAGGAGGCUGACAUCGAGGGUGUCGUCCACCCCGCCCAUGUAGCACAGUACUACUCAUGGCUGCAAGACACCCUCUUCAUGGUCUUCAUCGGGUUUGGCUUCCUGAUGACGUUCCUGCGGCGCUACGGCUUCUCUGCGGUCGGCCUCAACUUCUUCAUGAGCGCGAUCGCCAUGGUCGAGGACCAGGCCACCCCCUGA